CUGCCCAGCAGUGCCACCCACCAGUGCCCAUCAGUAAGUGCCACCAGUCAGUGCUGUCAGUCAGUGUCACCCAUCGGUGCCCAUAAGUGUUGUCUAUCAGUUCCCAUCAUUGCUGCCUAUCAGUGCCCAUCAGUGCUGCAUAUCAGUGCAGCAUCAUCAGUGCGUCCUCAUGAAUGCCCACCAGUGCCGCUUCAUCAGUGCCACCUCAUCAGUGCCCAUCAGUGCUGCCUAUCAGUGCAGCCUCAUCAACGCACAUCAGUGAAGGAGAAAAUUACCUGUUUGCAAAAUUUU